AUUAAGAUAUUUCCGAAAUUAAAACCCCCUCCAAACCCUAGUUGUUGCAGAAGACUUGUAGCCCACGUUUUCAACCGCCUCUACCACUAUAAAUAACCGUUUUCUCAUUCCCUCCUUCUAUCUCAUUCGCGACUUGACGAAGUGUGAAUAUCAAAACCCUAAUUUCUCCCCUCUCGAAAGGUUCGAGUUUGUUAUCUUCCAAUUUGUUUGAGUUCGUAAUCUUUGUGUUUCUUUCUGAUCGGUUCUUCGUCACUCUGAUUUUCAAAUUCUUUUGCGUCUUUUAUUGUGAAGAAAUGGCUCGUACGAAGCAAACUGCUCGUAAAUCCACCGGCGGUAAGGCUCCGAGGAAGUCACUUGCCUUCAAGGCUGCAAGGAAAUCAACACCCACAACCGGAGGAGUCAAGAAGCCUCACCGCUACCGCCCUGGAACCGUCGCUCUUCGCGAAAUUCGAAAAUACCAGAAGAGCACUGAGCUUCUGAUCCGCAAGCUGCCGUUCCAACGCCUUGUUCGUGAACUCGCACAGGACUACAAGACGGACCUGCGGUUCCAGAGCCAUGCUAUUCUUGCUCUCCAGGAAGCUGCGGAGGCUUAUUUGGUUGGACUGUUUGAGGACACCAACCUUUGCGCCAUUCAUGCCAAAAGAGUUACCAUAAUGCCAAAGGACGUUCAGCUCGCUAGGAGGAUCCGUGGUGAACGUGCUUAAACGCGCAUGUUUGUUUUAUAAUUAAUUUCUUAGUUUAGGAAUUUAGACAUUGCCAUACAAUUGGAUUUACUUUGUUUUAGUCAAAUUGCUAUACAUUUGGAUUUAAGUACCGAUAUUUCGGGCAUGGAUUUUCGAAUAUUGCAGUAGUUGCUUAUAUUUUGGUUGGACAUUUAUUAUGUUGAUACAUCAU